CCACUUCGUUGAACCUCCAAAACCACCACCACACUCCCACACUCAUGCACGUACGUACUAAUCCACGGCCAACAACAGCUACAGCUAGCUUAGCUCACCGCCGUCCGACCAAAUCAUACGUUCACGCUGGAAAUGCACGCCGGCAGCCUCCUCCCUCUCCUCCUGCUUCUCUCCGCCGCCAACCGCUCGCUGGGCCGCGCCGGCAUCUUCGGGGCGGCGCCGCCGCCGUCCAGCCCCGGCGACGAGAAGUGCAGCCGGACGUGCGAGUCCGCGUACUGCAUGGGCACCAUAGAGGCCCCGCUGAUGCGGUACGGCAAGUACUGCGGCGUGUCCUACACGGGGUGCCCCGGCGAGCCCCCCUGCGACGCCCUCGACGCCUGCUGCAUGCUCCACGACGCCUGCAUCCAGGCCACCGACGACUACCUCAACAUGUGGUGCAACCAGAGCCUGCUCGACUGCGUGGCCGCCGUGAGGACGGCGGCCGGCGGCGACGUGGAGGCCGCCGUGCUGACGACGUUCGACGGGAACCGGUGCAACGCCACGGACGUCGCCGACGAGAUCACGUCCAUCCUCGAGGCCGCCGUGUACGCCGGGAGCAUCCUGCGCACAGCGCCGGCGCCGGGGCCGGCGCCGUAGCUCGCUCGCUACCGUUGAUGCGCGUUUGACAUGGAGUUUCUGAGGAUGCGUUUAAUGGUGGACCGGUGUCGACAGGGGUGGAUUAUUGGUUGAAGAGAUUUUUGUGUGCUUCUCACUACUCUGGAGUCUGGAUUCCCUCUGAUUUUUAAUCUUUUUGACGAGUAAUAAUGCUAGCGCAACGGACAAAUUUUACAGGGCCACUGCUACAAAUCAUCCGACAGAUUUUCUAAAAAAUCAGUCGCGACAUACGCCGUUUGAUUCAUCCUCACACAAUCAUUGGAUUCGGUCAACGACAUAAACAACCAUGUUGACGUGCGAAGCUGUCCAUCCCGGCUUCAGCAUCUCAGCAACGCUCCACCAACGAGCGCCGUCCGGCGAGGCCGUGCUCCACCGCAGCACCUGGAAGGGCGCCGCAUACUUCAUUGCAGCCCCUCGCUGUACGGUGGUGCUCCAUCGCAACACCAGCUGCCGUUGCAUCUCCCGUCGUAGCAUAUGUUGGCCACUGGCGAGUGCAGGACCG